AUGUCCGCAGUCCCCAAUUCCGUUCCUGAGAACAAUACCACCCCUGCUGCUGUUGCUGCUGCCGACUCCUCCCAGGACCAGGCCCCCGCAACCACCACCGACACCCCGCCUUUGGCGGAGACUCCUGCUCCCACCGAGGCCGCGCCCGUCAGCGAGGUCCCGGUGGAGUCUGCGGUCGUCGACGAGGCUCCGGCAGCAGCAACAACAACUGCUGCUGCCGCUGCCAUUCCCGCCCCCGCCGACGAGAAGGUCGAGGAGGUGUCCAAGGUCGAGCCUGCACCGGCCCCGGAGGUCGCUGAGCAGCCCGUUCCUGCCGUCGAGACUGUUGUCAAAGCAGAGGAGACGCCUGAGGUAGAGUCCGCCAAAGCCGAAGAGACCAAGGCAGAUGCUACCCCGAAGGCAGAGGAGUCCGUCAAGGAGGACGUGACGAAGGUAGAGGAGGCCCCUAUAACGGAGCAGGCUCCCGAGCCAGAGGUCUCUGCCCAGGUGGAGGAGACCAAAGCAGAGGCCCCCAAGCCCGAAGAAACUGCCAAGGUAGAGGAGACUUCAAAGGUAGAAGCGACGGAAGAAUCUACCAAACCUGAAGAGACUCCCAAGGCGGAAGCAGCAGAGGAAACUCCCAAGAUCGAGGAGGCUCCAGCGACAGAGGAGACUCCAAGUGUCGAGCAGUCUGCAAAGGUCGAGGAGACCAAGCCAGAAGAGGCUCCCCAGGCAGAAGCUACAGAAGAAGCUCCCAAGCCUGAGGAGACUCCUAAGAUCGAAGCAACACAGGAGACGCACAAGGCCGAAGCAGCAGAAGAAACUGCCAAGGUCGAGGAGACUCCUAAGGUCGAAGCAACAGCGGAAGUUCCCGUGUCUGAGGAGACUCCGGUCGCAGAUGACGCUCGCAAGGUGGAAGAGACUCCAAAGGUAGAGGAGAUCAAGGAAGAGGCUCCUAAGGUGCAAGCAGCACAGGAGACUCCCGCGGUCGAGGAAACUCCAAAGAUCGAGCAGUCUACCAAGGUGGAGGAGACCAAGGUAGAAGAGUCUCCUCAGGCACAAGCGACAGAUGAGACCCCAGUGACAGAGGAAGCUCCCAAGCCUGAGGAGACUCCCAAAGUGGAGGACACCGCCAAGGUAGAGGAGACCAAGGAAGAGGCUCCUAAGGCGGAAGCAGCACAGGAGACGCCAGUGGCAGAGGAGACUCCAAAGGCCGAUGAGACACCUCAAGCUGAAGAGACCAAGCCUGAGGAGACUCCUAAGAUUGAAGCGACAGAGGAGGCACCAAAGGCGGACGAGACCCUCAAGGAGGAGACCAAGGCAGAAGAGGCUCCUCAGGUUGCAGAGACUGUAAAGGCCGAGCCUGAAUCAACUGUCGAGCUCGACGAGAAGCCUACUCCCACCACCGAGGAGACUGUCAAGGCUGAGGAGACACCACUCGUUGAGGAGACUGUGAAAGCAGAUGAGGCACCGAUCGUUGAGGAGACUCCGAAAACUGAAGACGCACCCAAGCCUGAAGAAGCUUCCGAGGUUGAAGAGGCUCCUAAGCCUGAAGAGACCAAGGCUGAGGAGACUGCGAAGACUGAGGAAGCUCCAGCGACCCAGGAGGUCGCACAGAGCGAGGAAGCCGAAGCUCCGAAGACCGAGGUGCCAGAGGUGGUCAAGGAGGAAUUGACCCCAGUGCCAGAAUCCAGCUCCGUUCCUGUGAAGGAGGAGGCUGUGGAAGAGGUCAAGGAAGAGACCAAGACUGAUGAGGUUGUCAAAGAAGAGCCUAAAACCGAAGCAUCUACCGCUGCUGUCGACGAAGUGCCCAUUCCUGGGAAGAGCAGUGAAGAGGAAGUCAAGCCUGCUCCCGAGGCGGCAGAGGCUGACAAGCCAGUCGCCGCCGAGACCCCAGAAGCUACACCGGUCGUUGAAGUGACUGCCGAGCAACCAGCUGCUGAAGCUCCAGAGGUAUCAGCACCUGAGAAGGAGGUUGUGCCAGAAGCAGAGGCAACUCCAGCCGAGACUCCAGCACCUGAAGCUCCUGCAGCUGAGGAGACGGCCACCGAGAGGGUUGAGCCUACCCCAGAAGUGAGCGAAAAGAAGGAGCAGUCAGCACCUGAGCCAGAGCCGGUGGCUACAGAGGAGGUCAAGCCCUUGGAAGAGACUGCAAGUGAAGCCAAACCAGCAGAGACAGAGUCCGUUGCUGUGGAGACGCAAGAAAUUCCUGAAGCAAAGGAAGUUGCUGCCGAACAAGCGGUAUUGGAAGAGGCCCCGAAGGCUGAGGAGGAGGUCAAGCCUGAGGAGGUUUCGAAACCUGAAGAGACUUCUGACACAAAGGAAGAGCCCAAGUUGGAAGAGGUAUCUCAACCUGAGGAGGCCCCUAAGGUUGAAACUUCUGAGGCUCCUGCAACAGAGGAGGUGUCCAAGGCUGAAGAGACACAGCCUGCGGAAGAAGUCAAGGUUGAGGAGAAGCUGGAUGACACAACAGCACAGGCUGCAGCGCAGCCAGAGAUUCAGGAGGAGGUGAAGCCUGAAGAGACUUCCAAGCCUGAGGGGACCACAGCAGAGGAGACACCCAAAGCUGCAGAAGAGGUCAAGCCUGCAGAGGAGACUAAGCCUGUGGAAGAGAUCAAGCCCGCAGAAGCCAAGGUUGAGGAACAGCCAGAUGACACACCAGCACAGGCUGCAGCGGAGCCAGAGGUUCUGGAGGAGGUAAAACCUGGAGAGACUUCCAAGCCUGAGGAAGCCGCGGCACAAGAGACAUCCAAGCCUACAGAGGAGGCCAAUGUUGAGGUCAAGUCAGACGACGUUACCAAAUUCGAGGAGGACACCAAGCCUGAAGAAGAGUCCAAGCCUGCAGAGGACAUCAGGGUCGAAGAAUCCAAGGCAGAAGUCGUAGCAGAGGAUGAGAAACCCGAAGAGGUCAGCAAGGUUGAGGAGGACUCCAAGCCUGAGAAGGCCACCAAGGUAGAGGAUAUUUCCAAGCCCGAUGAAACACCCGUUGUGGCAGAGACCAUCCAGACAGAAGCUCACCAACCUGAAAAAGCUACAGAGACUGUCGAGGUUCCUCAGCCCGUGGAAGUAACCAGCACCGUGGAGGCGCCGGCCCCUGAGCCUACCGUCGCUGCAGCGCCCAUUGUUGACGAAAAGGUGGAAGUGGCAGAUGACACUGACAAGGAGGUGGAAAAGACUGUCAACGGGGUCGAAACUGCUGCUGAAACUCCAACUCCUGCCACAGAAGCUCCUGUCGUAGAAGUUCCCGCUGCGGAAGAAGCAGCACCCCAGGUGGAAAGUGUAAUUGCGGUGGAAGAAACAAUCGUUGUACCAGUGAACGAGGUCAACCCCAAGGAACAAAUUGUUGUAGGUGGUAUUGAGCACAAGACACCAGUUGUCGCAGUGGCAGAUGUCUCCGAAGAUGCGGCCGCCUCUUAA